AUGGCUCCCGAGAUGCAGGACCUCGAAACGUCACCUCUCUUAUCCCCCAACCCCGAGCAGGGCUCGGUGCACGAUUCGGAGAGCCUCGUGUCGACUACAGCAAAGGAUGAGAGAAAUAUUGACAACGAUGUGCUGCCAGAGACAUCGACGGCGGGGAGGAACAUUGGUUGGGGCAGCGCCUACAUCCUCGUCAUUUCUCGAGUCAUCGGAUCAGGCAUCUUCGCCAUGCCUGGAACCAUUGUCCAGAAUGUAGGCAGUCCUGGCCUAGCUCUGGUCCUGUGGGUUAUUGGAGCCAUCGUUGCGUGGGCUGGAUUAGCCAUCGACAUGGAGUAUGGAUGCAUGCUUCCACGCUCAGGCGGAGUAAAAGUGUAUCUGGAAUAUACCUUUCGCAAACCACGGUUCCUCACAUCGACUUUGGUUGCUGUUCAGGCUGUCCUCCUCGGGUUCACGGCAAGCAACUGUAUCGUCUUUGCAAAAUACACCAUUUUUGCCGCCGGCGCCACUCCCAACGACCUGAAUACCAAAUUACUCGCAGUCGGACUACUGACCUGGAUCACCAUCGUGCACAGCUGUUUCUACAAGACAGGAAUCUGGAUUCAGAAUGUCCUCGGUUGGGUCAAGGUUGGGCUGAUCGUGUUCAUGAUCCUGACUGGAUUAUUCGUGGUUUUAUUUCGGCCUCAUACCUCACCCAGCAGCAUCCCGGACCCUGCCUCGGCCACAGCAUGGGAUGACCUGUGGACUGGCUCCGAUUGGGCGUGGAAUACCUUGUCGACGGCAUUUUUCAAGAUUCUCUACUCAUAUGCAGGGCUCAGCAACGUCAACAAUGUCCUCAACGAGGUAAAGAAUCCUGUGCGAACUCUCAAAACGGUCGGUCCCGCUGCGCUGUUGACGGCUUGUACGAUGUAUGUGCUUGUCAACGUUGCAUACCUCUCGGUGGUGCCACUCGAGGAGGUCAAGCGCAGCAGAGAGCUCAUAGCAGCUCUUUUCUUCGAGCGAGUCUUUGGGGCUGGCUUUGGCAACAAGUUCCUUCCUCUUGCCAUCGCUCUCAGCGCUGUAGGGAAUGUCAUGGUGGUCACCUUUAGCCUGGCUCGAGUCAAUCAGGAAGUUGCCCGGCAAGGGUUUCUUCCUUUUUCAGAGAUCCUGGCUUCUUCCAAACCCUUUGGUGCUCCCCUUGGUGGUCUCAUUGUCCACUACGUGCCAUCUGUGUUGGUCAUUGUCCUCCCGCCUUCUGCUACGGUGUACGCUUUCAUCGCAGAUGUCGAAGGCUACGCCGGACAGUUUUUCGCGCUUGCUGUUGGUGCUGGCUUGAUCAUUCUCCGCACCAAGAAGCCCGAUCUCCGGCGACCAUUCAAAGCUUGGAUUCCGGCUGUAUGGUUCAGAAUCAUCCUGUCUGUGGCGUUGAUUGGUGCUCCGCUGUUCCCCUCCAGCAAAGGCGCUUCAGAUGUCAAUUUCUUCUAUGCUACAUAUGCCUUGGUUGGGAUUGCAAUUCUUGUUUUCGGACUCGUCUAUUGGUUUGUGUGGACCAUUGCAUUACCUCACUAUAGAGGCUAUAGGCUGGAGGAAGAAACGGACGUGCUCGGUGACGGGACAACAAUCACGAAACUCGUCCGCAAGGAAUUAUAA